GAGCUGAGCAGAGCUAGGGACUGCAUGGUGGUUUCAAAAACUGCCUCCUUAAUUCGGAGAUAACAAUGGUUGGGAAGGCCAGAUCUUCUAAUUUUACCUUAUCUGAAAAGCUUGAUUUGCUAAAACUUGUGAAGCCGUAUGUUAAAAUUCUUGAAGAACAUACCAAUAAGCAUUCAGUAAUAGUGGAAAAAAACAAAUGCUGGGAUAUCAUAGCCGAUAACUACAAUGCCAUCGGAGUAGAUCGUCCUCCUCGUACUGCACAGGGCCUGCGCACGCUGUACAAGAGGCUCAAAGAAUAUGCCAAACAGGAGCUAUUGCAGCAAAAGGAAACCCAUUCAGAAUAUAAAAGCAGCAUUUCCGAGCCAACCAAGAAAGUUGUGGAGAUGAUUCCACAGAUUUCCAGUGUGUGUUUAAGAGACAGGAGCAGUUUUCAAAGUGCUAACAUAGAUAAAGAAACAUUGGCUGGUACCAGUUCCCCGCAAGCAGUGUUGGAUCACCAUCCUGCCACAGUCACAAUGGAGUUGGAACCAGAAGAGGAUGUCAAACCACCUCCUUCCUUGGCUGGAUCACAGCAGAGUGAGGACUUAGAACGAGAAGAACACCAAUUGGUGCAUGUUAUGGAGAGAUCUCCUUCAACUUCACUAUCUUCUGUUGAUUAUGAGAAUGAUGUUGUCUUCAUCUCCCAUCCCAAGAAGAGAGAUUUUUUUAGGCUUGAGGUCGGAGAAACGCUUUAGGCCAGCGUGUGGGUAUAGCCACAGAUGUUGCAAAUGCUGAAAGAGGAGCAUCAGAUUAUCUUGGAAAAUCAAAGAAAAAUUGGGCUUUAUGUCCAAGAAAAGAGGGAUGGCUUGAAAAGAAAGCAGCAGCUGGAAGAAGAGCUAUUGAAAGCAAAAAUCAAAGUAGAGAAGCUGAAGGCAAUAAGACUACGACGUGAAUCUGCCAGAAUACCAACAGUCUUUAAAUAUUAUCAUCUCUGUCAUGUAAUCUGAGAUGUUUUAUCUCUGAGAUACUUUCUAAUAAUUCUUUUGACCUAGCAAACUGAUUUUUUAUGUUAAUUUGGAUGGAUCAGAAUAUAGCCUUGAAAAAUGAAUGCAUGUUUUCCAUUUGUUGUUUAGUACAUUAGCAAAAUGUCAAAUGUCUUUCACAGGUUUGAGUCUUCUCAAUAUUUCUAGUCUGAAGUAUAAUCAGAUACUGUAGUUCUAAGUGUGUAAGAUAAAAAAACUGCCUUUGGAAAUCUUCCACUGAACUUUUAUUAGACCUGGAACAAGCUAAUGAAAUUAGACAGCUGUUCUUAAAGAGGUUGAUUUUAUGCUUAUUCUUUUUUCAAAGCAAUUCCUAUCCUUUUCAGUAUUCUUUAUGAAGUUAU